UAUAAAAUUUAUUACUCCAAGCCAAGGCCAGUGCCAGUGCCAGUGCCAGUAGUGCCAGUAACAGAUCAACAACAUCAUGAAGGUUCAUAUCAGUCUUUUGCUCACUCUCUCCCUUGCAAUUGCAUUGUUUGUUGUAUUCACUCUAAUAUCACAACCACAGCACCUAAACGGCAUGGAAUAUGAGGUGCGGGUGGUGAAUGGAUUCACAGACAACUCCUCUCUGCCUUUGGUAAUUUGGUGUACAUCAAAAGACGGUGAUAUGGGUGGACGUGCACUCCAAGAGCACGACGAUUUCAGCUGGGUUGUCAGGACCAACUUCUGGGGCUCUACUCAUUUCUUCUGCACCAUGAAAUGGGACCAAAAGAGGAAGAGUUUCGAUGCGUUUAAGGUUCCAAGGGACAGUUAUCGCUGCGGCCUUCUUAGGAAGUGCUUCUGGUUGGUGAAAGAGGAUGGGUUUUAUUUCAGCAAUGAUGAUGUGAAUUGGAAAAAGGACUUUUCCUGGUAUUAGUUUAGCUGUUUUUGGAGAGAGAAAAAUGAGAGACAGGCUUGCUUUGUGCUGUGCUAUAUAUAUAUAUAUAUAUAUAUUCUCCGAGGAUUUCAUUGAUCAGAUACUUUGUCAGCAGAAGUUGCGGGUUUCAGAGACCUUGACUGAAGACAUAUUUUCUGUAUCUAGACUUCUUCUUCUUCCUCUUCUUCUUCUUCUUUUAAAAAAAUAUAUAGACAUUCCUUUCUUUUCUGCAAGACUUCAA